AUGCACACUGCGCUUAAGGAAUGGUGGACGGACUAUCGUUGUGGCUCAGAUUACGACGCACGCAACUGCGAGGGUGACAGUGAUCAAACCUGUGACUUCAAGCAGUGUCUAGUGAUGAACGGCGAUACUUUGGCGACGGUGACUGCCUCAAUCACUGAGGAUGCCAAGAAAGAAUCAGAGUCUGUGUUGGCUCAGGUGGAGGACGAAGCGUACCAAACAGUGACGCAAAUUCAUCGCUCAUUGGACUGCACGUCUUUCGGUGGUACCGAUGGAGAGUGCGAGUUCAGAGCAAAGUUGUCGGAGCUUAUCGAGACGACGGAGACGCUCAAUGUCGCCUCAACUUACAGUUCUGGCCAGGCUACAGACUAUGUCUUCUGGCGGUACAAACUCGUCUCAGACGGUGAAUCCUGGCAGUUGUGGAAGACUGGCAAACAAGAGAACUACGGAGAAGUGACGUACGAUAACGACGACGUGCUGACGUUCGCGAACCCGGAGACGAAGAUCACUAUCGAAGCCUGGACGCAGUGCGGUCUAGUCCGUCGCUUCUUCUUCUACGUACACCUUCACGUCAACAGUCCCGUGAGUGUGUGUGAAAAGUUCAACGACAUGUGGUACCAGACGUCCGUGUCGAGACUACCGAUCGGCUCUGGCAUGUGCGCCUACCCUGGUAGUGACUUUGCCGAGCUGACGUUCGACUUCCACCCGAACGCUGGUCUUCAGUAUUCUCGUGAGGAAUUGAGGAUGAAGGUGUCCAAGGUUGAGUGCACAGGAGCUCUGGAAGGCCGUAAGCCGAUUGAUAUCUUGAGUGUGACUCAAGACUCCCCUGAAAUCGUGACCCGGUUCGCUGUCGCGAUGCUGAACAAAGCCACAACUGAAGCCGCGACGGAUUUCCACGUGGAGUGUGUGUUCACGUACGCUAAGUACAGUGGAGCGUCUGCCACCGAGACGUGCAAGCGUGACUUCUCCAUUUCAGACUGUAAGGGUCCAGCGUUUGAUACACCGAACUCUGUGUGUGAGUAUGAAGCGUGUGCUGGUCAAGAUGAGGCUGGACUGUAUGAGGCAUGUGGCGGCACUGUAGUGAAGGCUGAUGAUAAGUGCACUAUCGUAGAGACUGGAGAGAAGCCAUGUUGCCAGGGAUGUGAGAACACGGAGGUCACGUGUGUAGCUCUUCUGGAUCUGCCGAAUACCAACGCAGAUAUCAUGCGGUGUGAACCGAGCGGAGGCGGUGGUGCCUACUCGAGUCCUAGUACCAGCUACG